GCAGACUGGGCCUGGGGACCGAGUUCGCCGCUGCACCGAGCGGAGCGGGGCGGCCGGAGCAGAGAGGGAGGCGGUUGGGUGUCGCCAUGAGCCGCCUGCGGGAGGACGAGGAUCCCUACGUGAUCGAGGAGCCCAGCGAUGAGGAGCCGGGGCAGAGCAGCUCAGAAGAUGAAGUGGAUGUGCUUUUAUAUGGCACUCCCAAUCAGAAGCGCAAACUGAUAAGGGAGUGUCUUACUGGAGAAAGUGAAUCUUCAAGUGAGGAUGAGUUCCAAAAGGAAAUGGAGGCAGAACUAAACUGCACCAUGAAAACUAUGGAAGGCAAGUGGAAGUCACUAGAAACAGGUACUUCUUCAAGUACUGGACAAGCUGGAAGAGUCACCACUACAAAGUACUAUGACGACAUUUAUUUUGACUCUGAUUCGGAGGAUGAAGAUAAAGUAGGUACACAGGUGGCCAGGAAAAAAAAGAGACAUCAACAGCGCCGGAUUCCUACUAACGAUGAGCUACUCUAUGAUCCAGAAGAAGAUGAUCGAGACCAAGAGUGGGUGGACUCUCAGAGACGAGGAUACCAAAAUAUAAGAAGAACUCAGCAGCAGCAGUUCAAACCUCCAGCCAUUCCAAACAGUGAUGCUGUUUUGAACUGCCCUGCUUGCAUGACUACGUUGUGCUUUGAUUGUCAGAGACAUGAAUCCUACAAAACACAGUACAGAGCAAUGUUUGUGAUGAACUGCUCAGUUAACAAAGAAGAGGUCCUAAAAUACAAAGGCCCAGUGAACAAGAAAAUAAAGAAAAGGCAUAAGAAAAUGAAACACAGCAAUGAGAUCAUCACUGGGCAAGCAAAUCAGGAAGAGGAGGAAGUAUAUCAUCCAGUCAGAUGUACCGAAUGUUCAACUGAAGUGGCAGUCUUGGAUAAAGAUGAAGUUUUCCAUUUCUUCAAUGUUCUAGCAAGUCACUGUUAAUGUGGAAAAACAGCUGUGCUGUUUAAGACUAUGAAAUCUCAAAAUGUGGACAAUAUUUUAUCCUUUUUUUUAAAAAAAAAAAAAAAAAAAGACAACCCUUUUGUAUCAUUUGAAAAGUCUUAAACAGUCAUUGAAAGAAUCUUGUAAAACUUCACAGAAGAGAUACAGUUAACUGAUCACAUUUGGGAGCAAUAUUCUGUCAGUCCCUCAGAUAAUGAUAAAAGCAUAGAGAGUUUAAGUUCAUAUACAUAGUUUGCAAUAUUUUUGUGUAUUAGAACCAUUGCUCAUGUACAUAUGCAAUAUGUUGACGUGUAUUAAACUCUUGCUUAGAAUAAAAACGCUGUAAACUAGA